UAACCGCCGGCUGCGUCAUGCUCUCCGGUGUCAUGCACGCAGAGUGGCCAUCAUGUGCAGCACUAAAGCCGUCCGGAAGUGAACCAGUUGCACGUAAAGUAACCAAUCAGAGGCCUUUUAUCAUUUCAGUGCAGGUUACACCAUGACAGCAGCGAGAUAAGGAAUGGCCCUUAACAAAUCGAUGCACCCAAGAAACCGCUACAAGGAUAAACCUCCUGACUUUGCCUUUUUGGCUUCCAAGUAUCCUGAAUUUAAGCAGCAUGUCGAUGUCGGCCUGUCUGGAAGAGUUGGCUUGAACUUCAAAGACCCUGGAGCUGUCCGUGCAUUGACCUGCACCCUACUGAAGGAAGACUUUGGUUUGACUAUCGACAUACCCCUUGAGAGACUCAUUCCCACAGUACCACUCAGGCUAAACUACAUUCACUGGGUGGAAGAUCUAAUCAACUUCCACGAUUCUGACAAAACAACAGUCCGACGAGGGAUUGACAUAGGUACCGGUGCGUCCUGCAUCUAUCCUUUACUAGGAGCCACUCUGAAUGGCUGGUAUUUCCUCGCCACCGAAGUGGAUGACAUCUGUUAUAAUUAUGCCAAGAAAAAUGUUGAGCAGAAUCAUUUGGCGGAUCUCAUUAAAGUGGUUAAAGUCCCCCAGAAAACACUUCUGAUGGAUGCAUUAAAAGAGGAGUCUGGCAUCAUCUAUGACUUCUGUAUGUGCAAUCCUCCUUUUUUCGCCAAUCAGAUGGAAGCUCAGGGAGUGAACUCCAGAAACCCCCGCAGGCCACCCCCGAGCUCUGUGAAUACUGGGGGCAUUACAGAGAUCAUGGCUGAGGGGGGAGAGUUAGAGUUCGUAAAAAUAAUCAUCCAUGACAGUCUUCAGCUGAAGAAGAGAUUAAGAUGGUACAGCUGCAUGCUGGGUAAAAAGUGCAGUUUGGCUCCAUUGAAGGAAGAGCUGCGAAUACAAGGGGUUCCAAAGGUAGCACACACUGAAUUUUACCAGGGGCGUACUAUGCGUUGGGCACUGGCGUGGAGUUUUUAUGAUGAUGUGACCAUUCCGAACCCCCCUUCGAAAAAAAGAAAAUUGGAAAAGCCACGUAAGCCCAUGAUGUUUUCUGUGUUGGAGACGACAGUGAAGAUGCUUAUGGACAAGUUUGACUGUUCAGUUGACUCUGAACAUGUCCCCGUGGUCACGGACUGCUUAAAAAAGAUACUUACUGAUCUGAAGGUACAACACAAACCUGUGCCCUGUGGGAACGGAGAAGAAAGUUUAUUUUUGACAGCAAUUGAGAACUCCUGGGUGCACAUUCGGAGAAAGAAGAGGGAUCGAAUGAGACAACUGAGAGAGCUACCUCGAGCUCCUGAGGAGAGUUUUCUGCUAGUUCAGAAAGAUGAAAGACAAGCUGAAGAUGAAGAGACCACAGAGAAAACAGCAUCCCCCAGUGAGAAGAGUGUUUCUACUUCUGGUAUAGAUGAAGCUGCAGCACGACCUCCAAAUCCUGAAGACGCCAUUUCUGAAUCUAUAGGGGAGGACUCCAGGCAAUUGCCAGAAGAAGUGAAGGACACAUCUGCCCUAGGUCAGAUCACUGACGUUGAUGAGCACCAGAACACAAUGGAAGCGUCACAACCCUGUAGCAGCAACUCUGCCUUUCUUUUUAAAUGUUUAAUAAAUGUUAAGAAGGAGGCCACCAAUGUAUUGGUAGAGAUGCACUGGGUGGAAGGGCACAAUAGAGACUUGAUGAACCAACUGUGCACAUAUUUGAGGAACCAAAUCUGCAAAAUUGCCACCAGUUAGUUCUUCUGUAACCAAUCAAUGCUCAUGUUCUCUCCUAUGUCUUAUUUUACACAAUGUUCUAGCAGUCUGAAAGCCCUGCCAUUGGAAUAAUUUACUGACAUCCCAGUGUCCUUUAAAUAAAACCAGUUUUGUUGAGGA